UCUGUGUGGGUUGCUACUUAAUUAUAUGAAAAUCACGGAUUUACAUUUGCCCACAUGUUUUCAUGUGUAAACAUACUUAUAAGCUGCAUUUUACAUUUAUUUUGGUUUUAUUUUGUACAUCACUAGUUGCGUUUUUUGCGCCGACACGGAGGACCAUUACUUUGAAACCUCCCGGAUGUGCAGCGCGCUGUGCUUUCCGCGAACUUCACCUCCGAGAAAUCAGAUCCUGAAGUUGCGAUCUGUGUCCGGACCAGCGGGGAUGUGUUCGGUAUUAAACCCAAUAUUCCGACACCAGGAUUCGUUUGGACCGACAGCAGCCGAGCGGUGAGCCGGUUCCGAGCCGCAGCGAGGCGACGGUUGUGGUUUUACCGAAGACUGAGUACUUUUUGAGGCCUGAGGGGGAAACACAGUGAAGCUAACAGCAAUAGCCACCAUGUCGGGGGAAGGACUGCCGUGUUUCGGGGCCUCGGCUCUGCCCCGUUCGGCGGCGCUCUGAUCCGUCCGGACGACGCGACCAGCGGCGGUAACUUGGCACUCACCUGUCAAUGCGGCUAGCAGCUAGCGUCAUCAAUUAGUCAACACAGCGGGUUUACUCGAGCUUCUAGCUAGCGAGCCAUGGCGGACAGCUUCGGAGAGGAGUCCAGCGGCGGUGCCCUUGGCUUAGGCGGCACCGGACAGGGCAGCGCAGCCGCGCUGCUGCCGACUUUGGCGAACUCUCUGCCGGGGGGACACUCGGCUGCCAGCGGGGCUCACUCCAGCUCCAGCCCGGCCUCGCCUCCUCCCGCCGCGGCCGCGCAGAGUGGCCUCACGGCUGUGGUGGCGCCUCUGUCCGCUGUCACCGCCACCCCGGUCGGGUUCGGGAACACGUUCACUCCCGGCUCCUCGCCACCUGUCGUGGCCGUGUCUCCCACCGUGCACGCCUCCUCGCCUCUCCCCGGCGUCGGGCUCGGGGUGGCCGGGGUGGCAGGAGCGGGCCUCCUGUCCCAGAUCCACGCCACGUCCUGGGACCCGACGCUCAGCACGGACUGGGACAACGAGAAGGCUUCCCAGCAGUGCAUCCUGCGGAUCAAGAGGGACAUCAUGUCCAUCUACAAGGAGCCUCCACCGGGGAUGUUUGUAGUCCCUGAUCCUCAAGACAUGACCAAGAUCCACGCCCUGAUCACGGGCCCGUUCGACACGCCGUACGAGGGCGGCUUCUUCCUCUUCCUGUUCCGCUGCCCCCCCGACUACCCCAUCCACCCGCCGCGGGUCAAGCUCAUCACCACCGGACACAACACCGUCCGCUUCAACCCCAACUUCUACCGCAACGGCAAGGUGUGCCUCAGCAUCCUGGGGACGUGGACCGGCCCGGCCUGGAGUCCAGCCCAGAGCAUCUCCUCAGUCCUCAUCUCCAUCCAGUCUCUGAUGACGGAGAACCCCUACCACAACGAGCCGGGCUUCGAGCAGGAGCGCCACCCAGGGGACAGUAAGAACUACAACGAGUGCAUCCGCCAUGAAACCAUGAGGGUUGCUGUGUGCGACAUGCUGGAGGGCAAAGUGCCCUGUCCUGAGGCUCUGUGGAGUGUGAUGGAAAAGUCCUUCCUAGAGUACUACGAUUUCUACGAGGGCGUGUGCAAAGAGCGGCUGCACCUGCAGGGACAGAACAUGCAGGACCCCUUCGGCGAGAAGCGCGGCCGCUUCGACUACCAGGGCCUGCUGGCUCGCCUCAGCGCCACCCACAGGCGGAUACGGGAGAAGAGCCUGGCGGAGGACGACCACAACGACGACGACUCGGACUCGGACACCAGCUCCUCGGGGACGGACCCCGACAGCCAGGGCAGCUCCCAGCCCUGACUCCCCGGACGGCGCUGGACUCGCAGCCAGGCCGAGGACUAAAGACAAAGGGAGGUUUUUUUGUUUUGUUUUGUUUGCAGUGGAGGAACGACAUCACAGAAGAGGAUGUGAUGCCUCCGUUUAAAGGCUUUACGAGUCAAAGUAAGUCCGGGUGUAGGGUUGGAGUGAAGUUUCUCUUGUGUUGCAGCGGGAGACAGAAGCGGUGGAAGUGCUCUCCUGAAAAUCAUUAAAAAAAGAAAACCUCAUCCGCUAGUCAGAUGCUGGCAUGUUUGACACGUAGCGGAGCAUUUGUGCUACUUGUGUAGCUCACCAGAUACCAUUUUGAUGACCAGCUUGACUCUAAAACUCCAGACGGCUUCCCAGAAUCUGGAUAGAUGUGGAGGUGAACCAGCCUCGGUUGCUUGUGGAUGUAAAGGUUUAGUUUCACGGCUUGAGUCGGAGAAUAAGAAGAUGAUUACAGCGUUCUAGGACACUUUGAUCCGAGGCCUGGAGCUUGAUGCAGCGUUGGGCUCAAUGAAGGGACCUGAGCAGAGCCAGGGAGACGGGCCUGAGCCGGCUGCACAGCUGGAGCAUGGUGGUGGCUCUCCUUCAGAGCUCUUUGAGUUCUGGGGGAGAGGAAGGACCUUUUUACAAGAGCGUUAGGUGGAUGGAGGAAGUGAGUGGCGAGGCUUUGUGAGUCCCGUGCCUUGUCUCCUGUGGCCAGGGUGAAGCCGCCUCUCUGAGCCUGGACCUCCACAGCAGGCCUCAUAAAGCAUCAGCAGCUGUGGACGCCUGAGUACAAUGAUUCCUGUGUAUUAUAAGAAAAAACAACAACCUUCUGCUUAGCUUUCAGUUUCUAAUUGUGCUGUUGAAUCGACAGUGGAUCUGUUUACCGGAUCAGGAGCAGUAGAGACAUGUCAGUUUCAUUGACAUCCACCUUUGUACCCUUUGUUAUGCUGGUUUCUCAUCCUCGUACUGAAACUAACAGUCGUUUGCGGUGUGUAGGGUGUUUAUUUGUAAACCCUGCUGUUUUCUGGGCUCUUUGUGAUUCAGAUACAAACCAAACCAUCCCGUGCUUUAGCUAGACCCGCUUCAGUUCAGGGAAACCAGUGGAGGGAAAGCAAAGAGGAAUCCCAACGUGUGCAGACUGCAGGUACCAGUCGUGCUGCUCACGCCUUUCAGUGCAUCGGCAACGCUUCCUGCUUCAUCUGAUUUCUACUUGAAGAUGUCAUCGCUGACUUGGAAGGUUUAGCUGGAAAAAAAGAGAACCCCUGUAGUCACUGAUGUUACCUUCAGCUGCAUACGUCCACCAGUAGGUGUCAGGCUGGGCCCAGACGGAGGGCAGCGCUGCACCAGCCUGUCGGCCCUCAUCAGCGGUGCUCAGAAGGAGCAGACCUGUUGGUUGUGGUAUAGACACAGCGAGGGUUUCCUCCUGGAGGACACUGCAGGUCUAAUACUCACUGAAGGAGCUGCUGCAGUUGUUCCUCUGAGUCGUCCUCUGGGGAUGAUGAGGGAGGAAGAAUCUGCUGCCCUCAUCGGUGUUCAGACUCAGACGGCUGAAGCUGUUUGUGACCCUGAAAGUCAGCUUUGUGUUUACGGCACGAAGAGGAAGAUGGGUUCUGAUGAGCAGUACCUCUGACAUGAAGGCAGCGUGAGAGCAUGGAGCCGCAAGGAGAAUGAAAAGAUCCAAAUCCAGCCUUUAAAUAAACAGUUUGACAUUUAAUGAGAUGUGAGCUGUAUGAUGAAUAGGAAGUUACAGCCAGCUAGCACUUAGCUUAGCAUAAAUGCUAGAAACAGGAGCUUCAUUAGCACCAGCACCUCUAAUUGUUUCUUUAACUUCCAUCUAUUUUCAGGACAGUUUCUGCUCCCAGCCCAGACACAGCCAGUCUGUAUGUAUAGUUAGUGAGCGUUAGCGGUGCUGCUCGGUCCUGUGUUGUUCGCUCUGGACGGAGCCAGGCUGCUCGCUUUAGUCUUUCUGCUGAACUAGUCCCAGCGGCUGUAACUAGAUGAAGGUCAGUCUUUAAGAAAACAUGUGGACGUGUUGAAAUCCAAGAAGCUGUCGAUGCAGCGAGAGCAGGGCUCGGACGAUGAGCGCCGUGGUGCUGGUUUGGUUUCCUUCCUGCCUUCCAUUGUCCUCUGGUGUCUGCCUUUAGCUCUUCACAGCCACGCCGGUGCUGAAGAUUCACGGGAUUACUAACAUAGGGCAUUCCUUUUAAUUUCUUUUAUUACGUUGUAGAAUGGUUAUGAGAAGCAGCUUCUAGCAGAUAUAUGUGAUUGCCAAAAUGUUGAUUGCAACACGCUUCCAGAAGUGGAAGAGAAGAGGUGAAGCCCCUGUUUGGUUGUGUUGUGUUGUGCUUAACGCAGGGUUUCUUCUGUGGCUCUACAAAACCUGGAUCACCCACAGCAGUGAUCACCUCCGGGUCUUGAACAUGUUGUACAGAGGUUCUGGAGACGUACAGAAUAAAGUGUUGUUCAGUCCUGAU